UCCACCAUCCCCUCAUCUCUCCAUCCCAUUCUUCACUUUUCAAAACGGAAGAGAAGUGAAAGAUGGGUUUCCUCUCGUUCCUCGUCAACGUGACCCGUGCGCUCUGCGGCGGCCCACCCCCACAAGAACCUGAAAAACCGACUCCGUUCCCGUUACCGGAACAGCUACCUGCGCCUACGCAGGACCAGAGGCCGCCUCAGCAUAGACCUCAACAACAGCAGCAGCAGGGGGAGUGGCCGACACCGGGCGAACAACAUGAGGGGCAUAAGAAGCCGCAUAAGCAGCAGGGGAGUGGAGGGGCGGGCGGACAUGGGUCGUCGUCAACGGGACCUGGGAGUGGUGGUGGGCAAGGGCAGGGGCAGGGACAGGGGCAAGGGAGGCAUGGAGGGAAACCUGUUGACCUCAACCUCAUCAACCAACAAAACCCACAAUAUACCUCCAUACGCGCACGCGCUAAUGAAGAAGGCGACGCCAUGUCGAGAUGUUUCGAGGAGAGUCAUCAGGCAUAUGAGGGUGGAGACGGGGCGCGGGCGAAGGAGCUCAGCAAUGAGGGGAAGAGGCAUAAGGCAGAGAUGGAGAGGUUAAAUGACGAGGCGAGUGCUUGGAUAUUUAGAGAGAACAAUUUGGACAGUCAACCCGGCGAAAUCGACCUGCACGGUCUCUACGUGAAAGAAGCCAUCACCUACACUGACAAGUCUAUCCAAGAAGCUCGUCAGCGCGGAGAUUCUACCAUUCAUCUCAUCGUCGGAAAGGGACUUCAUUCGCCCCAACACGCUGCGAAAUUGAAGCCUGCUAUCGAGGAGCUUAUGCAGAAGCACAACCUAGUCGCCGCCAUCGACGCCGAAAACGCCGGCGUCCUGAUCGUCCAACUCGACGGCGGUCGACCUCCAGCAGGCGGGACGCGCGAAAUCCUCGGUGUGGAUGAUAUCACGAGGAGGUUGGAUAGAGGCGGUGGGAAAGAUGACGGGUGUUUGAUUAUGUGAGGCGUGCGUCCGCCUUCAUGGAGGACGGUAUGGGGAAGCUGGUUGGGGAUGAUGUGGUUGAUAUUGGACUUUUUAUUGAACGUUGCUUGGGUGCGAGACUCUUCGCUCUCUUUCGUACGUGUAUCUGCGCCAAUUUUAUUUGUUGUAGCUUCUUUGUAAUUGCGCGGACUAAUCUACGCUUUUUU